AACCUCCAUAAAUGUGACAGAUGGAGAGCCAUUAAACGGUCAAACUAAGUGCAAAGACCGUGUCCAUUUCGUGCUCAUCGAUCGAGUGGCCACAACCACCUCGAUCCCGUUAAAACGGUAACAACGGUCGUCUUUGUCGGCCCCCUCUCAUAAUCCAACCCCCACCUCCUUCAAUUCCACACUUUCUCUCUCUCUACUCUCAACCAACAGUCUGCGACUUCCCAGGCCCCUUAAAACUACUCAUAACUCCUCUCUCUCUAUAUAUAUAUAUAUACUCCCCAACUCUAGAGAGAGAAACAAACUACAAUAAAAAGAUCGACCAAUAUAUAUAUAUCUAUAUAUAUUAUACACGUGUGAUGUGGAGAUCGUCCUGCAAUUUCUUGAGACAGACUGUGUUGUCGGCGGUUAGAUAUCGGUCUAAGCCGCUGAUUGGAUUUAGAGGGUGUAGUUGGGACGUUGAUUAUGGGGGCAAGUCAAUUUCGUUAGAUUCGGGUUCUGGUGGUGUUGCCGCCGGCGGAGCUGAUGGCGGCGGCGGUGGCGGUGGGGAGACUAUGUCGUAUUCGGAGGCGAAGAAGCUGAUGAGAUUGGUGGAUGUGGAGUCUUUGAAGAUGAAGCUGGGGAUGGAAGGGAAGGAGGUGAUCGGGUAUUCGGAGCUCCUCGAAGCCUGCCAGAGCAUGGGAGUGGCCAAAACUCGAGACGAGGCCGCCGUGUUCGCCGGAGUUCUUGAUGAGGCUGGUGUCGUUCUUCUCUUCAGAGAUCAAGUCUAUCUCCACCCCGAUAACGUGGUGGAUCUAGUUAGGAAAGCAGUGCCCCUUGCUCUGACAGCUGAUGAUGACCCGAGGAAGGAUGAGCUGAAGAAGCUGCAGGAGAAGAAGGAAGAGCUCGACAUGCUGGCACAUAGGCAGGUCCGACGCAUCCUCUGGUCCGGGCUAGGGCUGUCCGUGUUACAGGUUGGGCUCUUCUUCCGCCUAACGUUCUGGGAAUUCUCAUGGGAUAUCAUGGAGCCCAUUGCAUUCUUCACCACAAGCACUGGCAUAAUCAUAGGUUAUGCCUACUUUCUCUUCACUUCAAGGGACCCUACUUACCAAGACCUGUUGAAGAGGCUGCUUGUCUCGAGGCAGAAGAAGCUGAUCAAGAAGCAUAAUUUCGACGUGGAGAGGUUCAUGGAUUUACAAAAGAAAUGUAAAUCGCCUCUGGACAUCCCGGCCUUCGCCAAACAUCGGAUGGGGGUGGGACUGGAUCAUGAAGACUAAUGGAAGAUCCUUGACAUAGGCAAUAUUAACACAUUUUUGGUCUUUUGACAGCUUACUUUAGAAUUCAUCUUAUUCAACCAACCCCUCCUAUUUUCUCCGAGGCAGGGCAUACAUGUUGUUGAACUUUUUACUUGCUUCUUAAGCUUACUCUCCGAUUUAUUGAUUCGAUUCUCGAAUCUAUUCUUUCACUAGCACGAACUAGGACUAGCUGAAAGUGUUCACUGCCAUGAGAUCCAAACUCUUUGGCUGUUGUUACGAGUCAAUCUUAUACUUGCUUGGUUUUUGCAUAAAUGACUACAAAAAUUUUGUC